GUAAGGCACCAGGAGGAGGGGAAGGAGGUCCAACACCAGCUAGACCGGCUCGCACCCCAGGAACAACCAGACGAUCGUCAAAGAAAACUAAGAAUAGUCUGAUGACAAUGACGGAGCCACGCCCAGCCUCAAAGGGACGCAGUAAAGGACAAGGGAAUGUAACAUCUUUUCGGCUCUCACCAAUAAAGACCACUCCCCCUCCUCUUGCUUUUGAUACUGGUGAUGAUGAUGAAGGGGGUAUGGCUAAUGAGGAGUCUGCUAAUGGAGAGGAGGUUGUGGAAAAUGGAGGCACUGCUGGAGAGGAAUGUGAGGUUGAAGAGAGAGUAAUACUCGAUCAUCAGGUAGAAUGUGAAGUUGAUUCUAUUGAUCAGGGAAAGCCUGAUACUGAUCAUGAUUCUGAUCAGAGGAUUGAUACUAAUGAUAUUGAUGGUGAUCAACUUAUCAGAUCAGCUGAUUCUGAUCACAAAGCGGAUUCUGAUUCCAUUUCUGAUCGCUCAAUUGAUCAAGAUCAAAGAGAGUCAGUGAGUUUUGAAUAUUCUCAACAGACGAGUGCUAAUGAUGAACUGAAGUCAAAACUAUCAGAGGAACUGCAGAAAAUGAAAAAAAUGAAAGGGUAUUACGAGAGGAAUACAGAGAGAUUUCCCGUGGAAGGGCUGAAAUCGGUAGCAAAACUUCUGAAACUUAAAAAGAAGAAAGCUUUGGCAGUGCAAAAUAAGAAAGUGAUAAUUAAUAAAAUAAAGAGAAAGGAAAGGACACCUGCCACAGUCAACUCUCACAUCAGGAAGGGCAGUAAGCUGAAGGUUUUGUUGUCAUCCAAAGACGAAGAGGAUUCAAGAAUUACUGCGGCUCAACAAUUUAGGAAUGAUAGACUGUACAACAAUUCACAGUACCAGAGAGAAUCAGGAUAUUACGCUUUAUUAAGAAGAAACAAAAUGCAAAUUUAAAUAAAUUAUUAUUAUUAUUAUUAUUAAUAUGACUGUAAUUUUUUGUUCUUUU